GCUAUCGGCGUACGUGCUAAAGUGCUUGGCGCGUUCCGCCGACAGGGAACAUGUCAACUAGCAGAUCUCGAAACGCAUACGCAAUCAUCGGCCGCUAAUAAUUGACAUUCAACGACCCUGUUCUCUCCUUUCACUCCCUCAGGGUUACAAGCUUGAGCCCGUCGCGCCAAUCGCCAACCGAUCUCAAUAUUUGUACACCCACCUGGAGUCACGACCCACACGCUCGUUAUCGACCAAGCUCCUUGGGUUGAACACGUCGCCCUUUCCUCAUCCACAACCGUCGCAUUCAUUCGACGCCCUCUAGACCUCUCGAAUUCGCUUCGCACCGCUUGCGACUGGGCCAAAGAGCAAUAGGGCUGCCAUUGGCAGAGAAACGCAUAUCAGACACGGGCACAACCAUGGGCUUCCUGCAAGAUAUGACGAGGAGGCUACCGACCUCAAAGGACAGCCUAGACAAGCUGGACGACCUACCGCGCCGCGCCGAAAAGAACUCCCCACGGUUGUCCUUCUUUCGACGCAGGAUACGGCUGAAGGGCAGUUCGUCCGUGUCGAUACCUCUGGGCCUGGUGCUGCUGUUCCCAUGUCUCGUUAUAAUAAUAAUCAUAAUUCUGUUCGUAAAGUCUCCAGACUCGCAGGGCAUUAUGAACAUGCCCGCCGGAGGUCCUCCUUCGAUAAGACGGAUAAGCGAGAAAUACGAUAAGCCAUUCGCUGUAGGCUGCCUCGAGCCGCAGGUCAAUGGGCCCCGAGCAAACGCCGCAUUCGUGGUCCUGGCGAGAAAUAAGGAACUGGAUGGUGUUAUACAGUCGGUCAAGUCGAUUGAGAGACAUUUCAAUCGGUGGUUCCACUACCCCUACGUCUUUCUCAACGACGGAGACUUCAACGAGACGUUCAGAGAGACGGUCUUGGCUCAUGUCAGUGCUCCAGUGGAGUGGGGUAAGAUUCCUCCCGAGCAAUGGGGCUUCCCCGACUGGGUAGAUCCCGACGUUGCGAAGGAAGGAAUCGCCAAGCAGGGUGACAGGGCCAUCAUGUACGGCGGUAUGGAGAGCUACCAUCACAUGUGCAGGUUCUACUCGGGUAAAUUUUACCAACAUGAACUACUCGCCAAAUACGAGUGGUACUGGCGCCUCGAGCCUGAGAUCAAAUAUUUCUGCGACAUCACGUACGAUCCGUUUAUCCACAUGAUUCGGAACAAGAAGACAUACGGUUUCACCAUCGCGGUGAAGGAGCUACGAGAAACAGUCCCCAACAUCUGGCGAUAUGCCUCGGCCUACAAGCGUAACAACAACCUGACCUCAAAGGGCAUGUGGGAGAUGUUUGUGGAGAAACCGAAAGAGGAGGACGAGAAGGCGCCCAAGACGGAGCCCAAGUCGAAGAAGAACUUCUUUCCCCAGGAUAUAAUGGAUUCCGAGUUUGGCACAGAGGCCAUGCCUGAGAUCCACCCCGAGAACAUGGAGGGCGAAUCAUACAACAUGUGCCAUUUCUGGAGCAAUUUUGAAAUCGCCAAUCUGAACUGGUUCCGCAGCAAAGAGUACAAUGACUUUUUCGAGUUGAUGGAUCGCAGUGGCGGCUUCUGGAUGGAGAGAUGGGGAGAUGCGCCUAUCCACUCGCUAGCUGUUGGUGCACUACUUGGCCCCGAGGAUAUCCACUACUUCCGCGACUUUGGAUACCGGCAUACGACCAUCCAACAUUGUCCCGCCAACGCACCUGCGCGACAACUUGCUCGAGAGCCAUAUCUCGAGAAGACGACACUCGAUGAGAAGGAGCGACUGGAAGAAGACAAGUAUUGGGCGUCAUAUGACCCAGUCAAAGAAAACGGUGUCGGCUGUCGCUGCAAAUGCGACCAGGAUAUUGUCGACGUAGAGGGCAAAGAAGGGUCCUGCCUCACGGAAUGGGUAGAAGUGGCUGGUGGCUGGGCAUCACCUGGGCCUGAUGGACCAUGAUCUCCUCUUCUCGCGUGAUAUUCUAUCAGCUUCAGGCUAGCAUUUUGCGGGAACAUUAGUAUCUACUCCUCUUUCCAGUAAGGCGUCAGGUGUUGGCAUUGCAUAUGGGCUGGGCCGCCCUUCAAUAGAGCAUCAGGACUACGCGGGCGUCGUUGCAGGCUUACUUAUUUUCUGCGCAUUGGCGACACAGUGUAUGAAAACGAAUACGAACAAGUUGAGAACAGCUUUGCUCUUGAAU